AUGGGCCUACCGCAGAGAGAUACUCGAGAUUUGGAACUUUUGCGCAAGCUUGAGCGGAACAAACUUGACCAAUCGCCCCCGAUUAUUAAAGAUUGGGGAAGCUUUACGAAACAAGCAACGCAUGUUUCAAUUUUGAAACUUGGCAAAAAGCUAAAUGAUUCCUUCCGAUCUGAACUCGAGGAAGAGCACAAACGAGAUAUCGAGCUGCUAGAGGAGCGCUACAGGAUAUUGCGGAAGAAAGACCAGGAGGACAGCAAGAAUGAGAUUAAUGCUGCGUACAUUGCACAAGAAACUAAGUUUGAAGAAAGAGCCGCCGGAAUUCGACUUGAGUGUGAGCAAGAAAUGCAAAAGCUUCGAAACAGCUUGCAAGAGCAAAUCGCCAACGCAGUCGAUGCCAAGACUUCGCAGUUCCAAAUCGAACUCGAUCUGAAACUAAAAGAACAAAAAGAAAUUAGCGGUAAAGAAUUCGAAAAGGAAAGAGAACGAAUCAAAUACGAGCAGCUGGAGCUACACAAAGAAACACUUCAGCUUAUGAAAAGCGAGAACAUGUCAAAAAUGAGUAAUUUCCUCGGGAUGAUUCGCCGAACAAAAACAGACAUAGAUCUUCUAAAACAUCAAAGUCAAAAAGACAGAAAAGUUUUCAAAGCGCACAUUCAGGAUGCAGCAGAAAACGCCCGCGAAAAAUUCCAAGAAGUUUUCUCGUGGCAAUCUGCUGACUUUGAUGCAGAAAGAAAUGAGCAUCGGCACAAAGUAAAACAACUCGAAGCAGAACUUGAGAAGUCUCUCAAUGAAAACGAGCGGAUCAUUCAAGUUUGCAGAUGCCUUGAAGCGGAGCGAGAUUCGCUACGAAAAUACUACAAAGAAUUCGUUCUAUUAACUCGACCUGAUCUGCUGCAAGAACAAUUAGUUUGGCUUAUGCGUUGCCAUUAUGAAGUCCUUGGGCUCGAGGAAGAUGCUGACGAUGCUCAAAUCAAGAAGACGUAUAGAAAAUUAGCGCUGAAGUUUCACCCGGACAAAAAUCAAGGGAAUGAGGAAGCAGCAGCAGCACAGUUUCGAGAGGUCCAGACGGCUUAUGCGACGCUUUCCGAUCCUCAGGAAAGAGCAUGGUACGACAAGCACAAAGAAGCGCUUCUGAUGAAGUCGGGUGCUUAUGAAGACAAAGAAGUUAACCUGGCACCGUAUUGCUCUCUUUCAUGCUUUCAGGGUUACGGCGACGAUGAAAAGGGCUUUUAUGCUGUAUACCAGAAACUAUUCAAAGACUUAUCAGAAGAAGAUUAUACUUUUAUGAAUGCCGACGACGAAGACUAUCCUCAAUUUGGUGACAGUGAGACAGAUGUCGAGUGGGUUGUCAGCGAAUUCUACGGAUUUUGGUCGUCGUUUGCGACGAAAAAGUCUUAUGUCUGGGAGGAAGAGUGGGACACCAGAGAAGCACCCAAUCGUUGGGUGAAGCGAAAAAUGGAGCAAGAGAACAACAAGAAAACGGAACAAGCUCGGAAAGAACGCUCUAAGGAAGUCCAGGCAGUCGUCGAUUGGAUCCGCCGCAAAGAUCCACGAGUUCAAAAAUAUCGAGAGAAGCUUGCCGAUCGCCAAAAAGAGAUUGAAGAGAAAGCGGCGAAGAAAAAAGCCGAGAAGCUGCACCAGGACCUACUGAAAGCGGCACAAUAUGAACAAGAAAACAAGGAGAGAAUCCAAGCAGAAGCGGAUGAACUGGCUAGACUCGAAAGAGAGCUUUAUGGGUCUGAGAGCGAAACGGAAUCUUAUUACUCAGAGGAACUCGGAGACAACGAAGAGGAUUUGAUAAACAACAUGACCGAAGAACAAAAGGAAAAGAUAAGAGAAGAGAUGCUGCGUGACGAAGAAUUACUCGCCAAGAAGUUGGAGGAAGCGACAGUUUUCCAAGAAUCAGAGGAAUUACCAUCGGAAGAAGAGAUUUUUGCACCAAAGUUAUCGAAAAAAGCGAAGAAAAAGCUGAAGCAGCGGCAAAAAGAAAUGCAAGCACAGCUUAACGAGACAAGUGAGCAAGAAGAAGAGGACACAAUCGUUAACGUCGACACGCGCUCUUCCGUCAAGGAUGAAGAAGAAACUACACCGAAAUCCCCACCAGAAAAGAAACUCUCCGCCAAAGAAAAGAGAAGACUGAGAGAAAAGCAAAGACAAGAAGAGGCUGCAAAACGCAAAGAAGCGGAGAAAGCAAAUGAGAUUCCUUCAUGCAAACUGUGCAAAGAAGAGUUUCCGUCCAGAACACAGCUUUUCAAGCAUAUUAAAGAGACGGGACAUGCUGAAAUCAAGACAGUGCCUCAGACAAAAUCUAAGAAAGGAAAAAAGAAGUAA